UAAAAGGCAAGCUCAAAGCCGCAGAUUAUACAUUCUGCUCGCAAUCCGCGCGGGCGAAGUAACCUACAGUGAGAGAGAGACACACACAGAGAGAGAGAGAGAGAGAGAGAGAGAGAGAGAGAGAGAGAGAAGGAAUCAGCGGGCUUUCUUUUUUUUCCUUUUUUCAUUUGAAGAGGAGCAGCCUGCGCGUAAACGGAACCGGGCAUCACUUAAGGGAGAUUUACGUGGUGUCUGGAUAAUUUCAUUUGUUUGUUUGGCUCUUUUUUUCAACUCUUGGUAACUCUGCGGGGUUUUAAGGAGGACGGCAGAGUGAGAGAGCACGCGAGCAUCGGAUACGCUGACACUCACAAGUGAGCGCGCAGAGGCACCUGUGGAUGCGACUCGCACCCGCCUGAUGUUCGGACUGAGACCAGCGACAUAGAAAGGAUUCUCCGCAACGCUUAGCUGAUACUCGUCUCCACCGACUCGUCACCACUCCACUCCAUUCCACUCCACGCAGUUUCACUCCAGACCCGCACCCACCAUGCCUAUGCGCCUCUCCCUCCUGCUGGUUCCGCUGCUGACCAUCGCCGGCUGCGGCUCGUCCUACGUGCUGUGUGAGCCAUGCGAUCAGAAGGUGCUGUCCAUGUGCCCGCCGGUGCCUGUGGGCUGCCAGCCGGUGAAGGAGCCCGGCUGCGGGUGCUGCAUGACUUGCGCGCUCGAAGAGGGCCAGCCGUGCGGUGUGUACACAGGGCCAUGCACGCGCGGGCUCCGCUGCCUGCCCAAGAACGGAGAGGAGAAGCCGCUGCACGCGCUCCUGCACGGCCGCGGGGUGUGCAGGAACGAGAAGUUGUACAAACUGCUGCAUCCGUCAAAAGGUGGACAGCCUCAUGAUGACAUGCUACGUGUCCCAGUCCCACCACAAACAAAGGUGCCCUUAUAUGGAGAUCACAUUAGCAGUCGCAAGGCCCAGGCCAUGAAGCAGGCCAAGGACCGUAAGAAGCAGCUGGCCAAGCUUGGGCCUGCCAGCAACUUGGCUCCACUCAGCAUAGAUAAACUGGAUCCUGAUUUUGUAAGUGAUGUAGAGAUUACAAAGAUGCAUACCAAGGGCCCCUGCAGAAGAAAGCUAGAUAAUCUCAUCCAGGCCAUGAAGGACACUUCUCAGGUCUUUGCUCUCUCACUGUACGUUCCCAACUGUGACAAGAAGGGCUUCUUCAAGCGCAAACAGUGCAAGCCAUCUCGCGGUCGCAAAAGGGGGAUCUGCUGGUGCGUAGACCGGUUUGGCGUCAAAAUCCCCGGCAUCAACUACGCUGGAGGAGAACUGCAGUGCAAAGAUCUCGACAACAACAGCAAUGAAUGAGGGCAAACCGGUUGUACUCAUUGAGCCCUAUUUUUUUCGUAAAGCCUGCCAAUCAAGCUAGCACACUUUAUGACUGACAAUCAGGAAAAUAUGGCACAAAUGGUUUUAUACUGUAUAUGUUCAGGUGUGAUGGACUCUAUCAUCUUUAAUUUUUUUUUUUUGUAAUUUUGUAAAGGGAGCCAAAUCAAAAAGCUUGCUUAAGUGAAUCUGCACAUGUAAAGCUCUAUUCUGGCUUCCCACUGACUGUGUACUAUUUUUGAGGUUAGCUAACACCUCAUCUCUUCAUAACCAUAGAUCAUAUAGAGACAGUAUGUUGUGUGCUACGACUAUUAUAGAAUUUAUUCCAAAAAAAGACAAGACAUAUUUUAAAUGUGGCUAAAUAUCAAUAUUUUUUUAUAUCUAUAUAUUUGCAAUGGUGAUGAUAAAUAUGCUAGGUGGCUAAGUGGGAAUAUCAUCUAGUACUCACUGUGUCACAAAUCAAGUACUUCCAUAACUUCCAUUGUUAUUCUGAGUGCUAAAUUAAGGGUUCUACAAGUACCCAAUGGUUAAUGUCUGAUCAUGCUUAAAAAUUUGAGCAUACAGGGGGAAAUACAAAUAACUAAUGCUAGUUAGGUUGCUAACACAGGCAAUUUUUUUGCUUUUUUUUCAGGCACUAAUUUAUAUGAGCUAUUUGCCUAUAAAAUCAAAAUUUAUGGCAUAAAAAUACAUUUAAAUUUAAAUAGGUGAAGCAGAGAUGGGAGAGUCUGAAUGUAAGAAAAUAUCACCCUAUACAUUGGCCAAAUAUUGGUAUGGAGAUCAGUCUUAAGACUCUUAUAUCCGUCAGGCACUAAUUUAUCUGCAUUUAAUGUAGAAGAAUAUCUUCAGUGUUGAAGAAUUUAUUAUUUUGUGGUCUAAUGACUGAUAACUUGUACAUUUUCACAAAUUCUACACUGUCUAAAUGAAUGCAGAGUGUAAGAGCAGAUAAUGUACAACAUGGAAGUGUCUUAAAGGAAGUAUACACAUUGUGACACAGUGACUAAGUUGGCUGUAGGUGUCCACUGUCACUUCCCAAAAGGUUGAUUCUGUUCAUCUGGACGUAGCGUUUUCAGUGGGAGAAACGUUUCAUCACUUCCAAGUAACUUCUUCAGUCUACUGGUACUUGUUAGGCAUUUUGGGAGCUCAAAAUUAGCUAACAGCGACUUUUUUUCAUUAUGGUCAUGCAGCUAAUUUUAUGAUCAACAUAGAUUCAGAAAUGAAAAGGUUUGCUAUGAGAAGCUGACAAGCAUUAAUGAAGUUUGGCAUUUUAGUAAGACAGCACAUUUAUUUGGCUGAGACAAUGAAAGUUAUAUGAGAAGAUUAGUAGCAUAGACUCGGAUCAUUGUUUCGUAUAUGAUGCUAGCGGUAGCAGCUGGUUAGCUUGGCAGAUCGAAAAAAAAAAGAAGGAAGGAAACCAGUGUCUGCAACGCUUUCUAAUUAAACAAGUUAUGUUUGUUGAUUGCUUAAUUUGUACAAAAACAAGGGUUUGCAAUUUAGCAGAGGUGGGUUAUGCGCCAGAUUGUUAUUGCGCUGGGACUAGUAAUUUCCUCAUCUCAACUGGUUGUCUCAAGCCAAGAAAAAGAAACCUAUAAAAUUCCAUCCUAAUCAGCUAAGUCUAUAUCUUUUUUUUUGUCCUCCAGUGCACUUGGACGAAACUUAUUUGUGGCUGGUGCCACUCUCAGCCGAGCUUUGUAUACUUGUGAAACAGGAUGUUCCAAGCAGGUUGCAUUUUUGAUAAAUAAGCCCUUAUGAGGAAGGACAUUAGGUCCUGCCAUCUUAACCCGUGAGUUUUCUUAUUGUCAGAUUUAUGCACAUUCUUAAUUUUCUGUUAUUGAUGUUGGUGUAAGCUGAGACAGACCCAUAGAACUUUCACUUUCCAGACAGCUGUUUCCACUGUUUGUAAAUGUAUGUAUAAAGUAUGUGUGCAUGCUCCUGAGUGUGACUGUACGUGUGUGUGUGUGUGUGUGUGCUAAGCGUACCAUACCCUUGUAGUUCUCAGCUUCUCAAAAGCUCUGAUUUCAGUUCACAUGAGCAUAGUCUGCUCAAACUACUGUCUGCCAGACUCGGUGCUGUGCAUUUCCCUUCACAGCUCGCACACAAAUCAUAUGCAAAGGCCCCGCAUUGAUUAUUUUUUCCAUGUGAAGGGUCUUCACUGCCACCACACAGGCAAAUGUGCUGGCCAAUGGUGACUUGCUCUCAGGGUUCAUCGGGUACUUCAUUUUGCGAAGAGCAAGGUCGCUGAGUUUUUAUGUAAAUUCAAGUGCCUUCUGCCCCACGCCAGUUUGAAUUUUGAUUUGCAUGUGGCUCCACAGAGCUGUUGGAUGAGGGACAGAUCAAGCCCAAAAGAGGAAAACAAUUUUAGGUGUGGAUGUGGUUUUCACUCUUCAGUCGGUUGCUGACAAAGACUAUCGUGAUCUUCCAGUCAAAGUGCUGCUAUGACGACAGAGGAAAAGAUUUAUUCUAUUGUCAAGCAUUUGCCUAAUUUGCUGUUUAUUUUGUUGUGUAAUCCUAAUAUUCAGUCAAUGAAAUAUAGAAAUGUCUCCUCGCUUUAUCACGAUGGUUGGGGAACACUGACAGCGGCACAUCAGCCUGUUUUUCUCAGUGCAAACCUCUGUCAUGCUGUUGAUUCAGGCACACGUGUAAACACAACAACACAGUAACACUCUGAACACUUUAAUGUGAACAUUAUGGUGAAAUAUUUAUCAGGUGUGUAAUUGAUGUACUCGUUUUUUUGUUUUUUGUAAAGGCUAAUCACUAUUUAAAUAAAG